ACAACGUAUGAAGAGAUAAAGUCGAAUUCAACCAGUGAUAUUUACACAUGGCAUCUCAUGGAAAUGUUCUUGUUAUUCAAAGUGACGAACAAUUCAACGCAGAGUUUCAACAAAAUAGCAAUAAAUUGGUGAUUGUGGAUUUCACAGCUUCGUGGUGCGGUCCAUGUAAAAGAAUAGCACCAGUAUUCGAGCAGUUAAGCACGCAAUUUACACAAGCAGUAUUCCUAAAGGUGGAUGUUGAUAUAUGUAAGGGGACAGCUGCCAUUUAUGGCAUCCGAGCAAUGCCAACCUUCCUAUUUUUUCUUCAUGGUCAAAAGUUGGAUGAACUCAGAGGUCCAGACCCAAAAGCAUUAGAAGAAAAAAUUUUACAAUUAUCACUUCAAAGCAAUCAGACAGCAGUGGAUUCUUCUAAAGUGACUAUUGGACGAGCUUUGGAUUGUUUUCGUGAGCUGUUAGAAAACUCCCCUGAUGCCUUUGAUAGUGCCUCACAGCUGCUGCUACGAAUUGCCAACAAUGUCAUAAAAGAGCCAAAGGAAAUCAAAUACAGAACUUUGAAACUUAGCACAAACACUUUUCAAAACAAACUCCUGCCAGUUAAAGGUGCUGUGGAGUGUUUGUUUGCCAUGGGAUUUGAAGAUAAUGAUGAUAAAGUUGUAUUGGAUGAAAAGAAAUCUCUAGAUGAUUUGACAAUCAUCCGUGAUACAAUAUUGGAUGAAAGAAACAAACGAGAAGUCAUGUUACAAACACUAAAGAAGUACUAGCUUGCUGUAAAUUAUAAUGACUCGUGGAAUUUUUAAUUACUUUGGCACGUUGAGGUAAAACUUCACCAUACAUAUAAUAUGUGCGUAAGAUUGCGGUUACGAAAGUAAUUCUUCAAGAUUAAUUGGUUAAAUUGAAAAAUUAGAACAUCUGUAAAUAAUUUUAAGUUAAAUUAUUGUCACAAUGGAACAAGGGAAUAGUUGAAAAAGAAGCAAGUGUGAUUUUUCUUA